UCAAACCCUCUCUCCAACAAGUGAUGGAUGCCAAGUCCACAGGCAGAUCCCGGAGACAAGUUUCCAUCAUACCAAGAGCAGGAGAAAUCAUCCCAGACGAAAGCGUCCUCCUCGAAUCCUACAUUCCGUCUUUUUGUUUGAAAAACCGAAAGGACCUUCUUUUUCUCAGCGUCUUCUAUUCAAACAUCUCCGGAAUUAAGGGUAUAAUUUCUCACUAUGGUGCUAAUGUCAACUUCCGCAACAGCACUGGUAGCACCGCCUUGCACAUGGCCGCAGCCAUGGGUUCAGUUGACGUUGUUGACUGUCUGAUAGACUUGGGGGCUAUUGUCGACGCGGAGGACGUAGAAGGCAACACGCCACUUGAAGUAGCAUUGAGGUUCAAAAAAGAUGAAGUAAUCAAGCUUUUGAUGAAGCAUGGGGCAAAACCUCAGGUUGUUCCUAUCCAUGAUGACAUCGCUAACAUGUUUUCUGAAUGUGAAAUUGAUCCGAGUGAACUUCAUUUUGGAAACAAUGUUGACACAUCUAUGGAAAUGAGUGUACAAGCAGAAUGGCUCAAACUUCCUGUCACUGUUAAAAAUUUCGGUGUAGACUCAACAGCCAAAGCGGAUAAACUAAGGGCGUUCAGAGAUGAAGUUACCGUGCUUCAACAAAUACGACAUCCAAACAUUGCUCUGUUCUUCGGUGUUGUUGCUCAAAGUCAUCAUUGCCCAAUGAUGAUUGUCACUGAAUAUUUUCCCAAGGGAAAUUUUCGGGAUUAUCUCAGAGAAAAUAAAUCUCGGAAGCCACUAUUAGCAGUUCAAUUUGCACUUGAUAUUUCAAGAGGGAUGAACUACUUACAUGAGCACAAAUCUGAAGCUAUAAUCCAUCGUAAUCUUGAACCAGCAAAUAUUUUAAUGGAUGAUGCUGAGAAUUUGAAAGUUGCAAACUUCAGUGCCAGUAAGCUAUUAAAAGAGUCAGAAAGCCUAAAAGAGAGACGCCCAUAUUCAACUCUAGGCAUCAAUUGCAGGUAUAUGGCACCAGAACUGUUUUGCAAUGAGGACUACAAUACAAAAGUUGAUGUCUUCUCAUUUUCUUUGGUACUACAGGAGAUGAUUGAAGGUUGUCCUCCUUUUCCUAGUAAACAAGAUUUGGAAGUUGCACAGACUUAUGCUGAAAAUCUGAGACCGCCUUUCAGAGCAUCAACAUAUGCUUAUGGAUUAAGAGAGUUAAUUGAGCAUUGUUGGAUGAGAAAUCCAGCUGAUAGACCGACAUUUGGAGAGAUUAUUCAGCGUUUGACAGAUAUUGGAGAUAAAAUUGUUCUCAACAGCCCACAAAAGAAGGCAAAACAAAGCUAUAUAGGGGUCGCCUGGGAUGAAGACUGUAUCAUCAGUGUGAGGAGAAGUUGCUUAUGCUUGGCCGAGCCGGAGGAGGUAGAAGCCAUGGAGGAAGAAGCCGCAAACGAUGGUGUGAGGGAUGCCCUUCUCCCUCAUGGUUUGCCUCAGUACACUACUGGAAAUAAGGUUUUUAAGGACAGAUAUAAACACUUUUAUAGUAUGCCCGACUUCUUUGUCUUUGCUUUUGGUGAUAGGAAGGCCACCAGCUGCACGUAG